GGCUGGGUCUGAGUCAAACUGAAACUAGAUAAAGAGAAGUAACCACUGUCUGGUUUUGACAUGUUGAUAUUGUGUGACAGUGGUCAAUGCUAAUGAAUUCAGAGAAGCUACUGUACCAGGUUACUUUAUAAGGUAACCUCAGCUUAUUGAUACACACAUACAUUGACGUAGGUGAUCAUACCACCAGGUAGUGACCACAUGUAUAUAAUCAGCUGUGAACUUGUGAUGUUAUAGGACAACUAUGUGUAACUUUGCUGCUCUGCCAGCAGUUUCCUGUGGAGUUUUUCUAAUGUCAGUGUUUCCUGUAUGUUGGUGGGUUUAACUGAUCUUAUCUGCUUAAAGGUUUGUCACGUCAUAGAAGUAAGGAAGUAAUGAGAUAGAAGUCAUAUAGCCUAGCAGUAUUUCUCACUCUUCAGUCCUCUCUUCAUGACAGUAGACUUGUUUCGUCAGUGGAGCCCCAGUUAGAGACAGAUAUGAUACCUGCAGUGGUACUGAUGACCCUGUUGUGGAGCAGAGAUCUCCAGGCUCAAAGCGUCAGUCCACCAGCUGAACUCUCAGUCAGACUGGUGGAUGGGACCACUUCCUGUUCUGGGACAGUGGAAGUCUUCUAUGAAGGAGAGUGGACAGGUCUAUGUACUAGUUGGUGGAGCAUGAGAGAUGUUAAGGAUGUGUGUAGAGAGAUGGAUUGUGGGAAUCCUGUAACUGUAUCUAGAGGACCUCUGAUUGAAGAUGGAAGAGGAGGAGUCAUGAUGUGGAGUUGUAGGAGAGAUGACUUUUCUAAUACACGGUGUGACAUCAAAGGAGGACCUGGUGUCUGUGAUGGUGGAUAUUAUCGUCAUGUGACCUGUUCAGAGUCUGUGCGGCUUGUGGAUGGAGCUCGUCUCUGCUCUGGGAGAGUGGAGGUGAAGUCCAAUCAGUCCUGGGCCUCAGUGUGUGAAGCUGACUUUGACCGGCAGGAUGCAGAGGUAGUCUGUAGGGAUGUUGGCUGUGGGGCUCCUGCAGCUCUAAAGGGGGGGCUCUAUGGAGAAGGUGAGGGUCAGACCUGGGAUAAAGAGUUCCAGUGUAAAGGCAAUGAGUCCCUUCUCCUGGACUGUGACACCUCAGACAGAGAGAACAACACCUGCCUACCUGGUAAUGCUGUUGGACUCACCUGCUCAGAGCCUGAUGAUGUGAGGCUGGUGGGAGGAGGCAGUCGCUGUGCUGGUGGAGUGGAGUGGUACGACCAGGGAGAGUGGAGGAUUGUGGGAGCUGAGGACGAAGACCAGAUGACUGUAGCUACAGUAGUGUGUAGACAGAUGGGUUGUGGCUCCACUGUUUCAGUACUUCCUAGAAACACCACAAGAGGGUUUUUAGUUUCCUGUUAUGGGUUUGAGUCUUCACUGAGGGAGUGUGAGAGAAGUUAUGAUCUCCAUCCUGGACUCACAGUGAUCUGCUCAGAGUCUGUGCGGCUUGUGGGUGGAGCUGGUCACUGCUCUGGGAGAGUGAAGGUGAAGUCCAAUCAGUCCUGGGCCUCAGUGUGUGAAGCUGACUUUGACCGGCAGGAUGCAGAGGUAGUCUGUAGGGAGCUUGGCUGUGGGGCUCCUGCAGCUCUACAGGGGGGGCUCUAUGGAGAAGGUGGGGGUCAGACCUGGGAUAAAGAGUUCCAGUGUAAAGGCAAAGAGUCCCUUCUCCUGGACUGUGACACCUCAGACAGAAAAAACAACACCUGCCUACCUGGUAAUGCUGUUGGACUCACCUGCUCAGAGCCUGAUGAUGUGAGGCUGGUGGGAGGAGGCAGUCGCUGUGCUGGUGGAGUGGAGUGGUACGACAAGGGAGAGUGGAGGACUGUGGGAGCUGAUGACUGGGAGCAGGAGGAUGUAGCUGCAGUAGUGUGUAGACAGCUGGGUUGUGGCUCCUCUGUUUCAGUACUUCCUAGAAACACCACAAGAGGGUUUGGAGCUUCCUGUUCUGGGUCUGAGCCUUCACUGAGGAAAUGUUUGAGAAUGUAUGUUCUCCUUCCUGGACUCACAGUGAUCUGCUCAGAUCUCCUGGUCCAGCCUGAUAUCUUCCUGACUGACCCAAUGGGAGGGGUCUUCAGGGGCCACCAGGGGCCCGAGAUGUUCAGGGGCUACAACUUCACCAUCACCUGCUCCACUCAGCCACAGUACCCAGGAGGCUCCUUCCUCCUCACGUUCACCGGCUCCAACAGAACCCAGACCCAGCCAGCUGUCAAUCACUCUGCUGCCUUCCUCUUCCCUGCUGCAGAUGACUCCCACCAAGGGAACUACAGCUGUGUUUAUGACAAUUAUGUUUUCUCUCAUAACUUCUCCUCUGAGAGUGAGCUCCUCUCCCUCACCAUCACAGCCUCUCCUCUGCCAGCCUUCAUCAUCAGACACGUUGUAGUGCUGCUGAUCCUACUGACAGCCAUCACCACCUCCUACCUGUACUACAAGCCCACCAGGAGGCAGAAGAGAGUGAACAGGGUGAGCAGCAUGGAUCUUUAUGUCAAUGCCAUGGAGAUGGUCUCUCUGAGCUCCAGAGCUGAAGCUGGACCGGGAGAGGAGAGAGCAGCCCAGGGGACGGAGAGGGGGUGGAGGAACCACCUGCACCUCAGACUCCUGGAGUGGACCAGCCACCACCGGCCUGAGGAGAGACACAUGGAACGAGGGGUUAAUACGGUAAUCGGGGGAAGCUGUAACCUGAAGCAAACCUCUUUCAGUCUCCUCAGGACUUUGAACCCGGCCCAGCGGGCCCAGGCAGGGCAGGCGGAGGGGCAGGGCCGUAGGGAGAUCGGGCAAAGGAAGGAGACCGCAGGACUUAGAGAACAGAUCCACAAUGACCAGGAUCCUCCCACACUACCGGUGCCACCAGGCAAGAGGCUGGAAGUUGGGAGUGUGAUCUAUGGACCGCUCCUCUGUCUCCAGGCUCAAAGUGUCAGUCCACCAGCUGAACUCUCAGUCAGACUGGUGAAUGGGACCACUUCCUGUUCUGGGACAGUGGAAAUCUUCUAUGAAGGAGAGUGGUUGGGUCUAUGUUUUAGGUGGUGGAGCAUAAUGAGAGAUGUUAAGGUUGUGUGUAGAGAGCUGGACUGUGGGAAUCCUGUAUCUGAAUCUAGAGGACCUCUGAUUGAAGAUGGAAGAAGAGGAGUCAGACUAUAUAGUAUUUGUAGUGGAGAUGAGUCUUCUAUUGGACAGUGUGACAUCAUAGGAGGACCUGGUUUCUGUGAUGGUGAAUAUUAUCGUCAUGUGAUCUGUUCAGAGUCUGUGCGGCUUGUGGAUGGAGCUGGUCUCUGCUCUGGGAGAGUGGAGGUGAAGUCCAAUCAGUCCUGGGCCUCAGUGUGUGAAGCUGACUUUGACCGGCAGGAUGCAGAGGUAGUCUGUAGGGAUGUUGGCUGUGGGGCUCCUGCAGCUCUACAGGGGGGGCUCUAUGGAGGAGGUGAGGGUCAGACCUGGGAUAAAGAGUUCCAGUGUAAAGGCAAAGAGUCCCUUCUCCUGGACUGUGACACCUCAGACAGAGAGAACAACACCUGCCUACCUGGUAAUGCUGUUGGACUCACCUGCUCAGAGCCUGAUGAUGUGAGGCUGGUGGGAGGAGGCAGUCGCUGUGCUGGUGGAGUGGAGCGGUACGACCAGGGAGAGUGGAGGAUUGUGGGAGCUGAUGACGAGGACCAGAGGGAUGUAGCUGCAGUAGUGUGUAGACAGCUGGGUUGUGGCUCCACUGUUUCAUCACUACCUGGAAACACCACUAGAGGGUUUGGAGUUUCCUGUUCUGGGUCUGAUUCUUCACUGAGGGAAUGUUUUAGAAGUUAUGAUCUCCGUCCUGGACUCACAGUGAUCUGCUCAGAUCUCCUGGUCCAGCCUGAUAUCUUCCUGACUGACCCAAUGGGAGGGGUCUUCAGGGGCCACCAGGGGCCCGAGAUGUUCAGGGGCUACAACUUCACCAUCACCUGCUCCACUCAGCCACAGUACCCAGGAGGCUCCUUCCUCCUCACGUUCACCGGCUCCAACAGAACCCAGACCCAGCCAGCUGUCAAUCACUCUGCUGCCUUCCUCUUCCCUGCUGCAGAUGACUCCCACCAAGGGAACUACAGCUGUGUUUAUGACAAUUAUGUUUUCUCUCAUAACUUCUCCUCUGAGAGUGAGCUCCUCCCCCUCACCAUCACAGCCUCUCCUCUGCCAGCCUUCAUCAUCAGACACGUUGUAGUGCUGCUGAUCCUACUGACAUCCAUCACCACCUCCUACCUGUACUACAAGCCCACCAGGAGGCAGAAGAGAGUGAACAGGGUGAGCAGCAUGGAUCUUUAUGUCAAUGCCAUGGAGAUGGUCUCUCUGAGCUCCAGAGCUGAAGCUGGACCGGGAGAGGAGAGAGCAGCCCAGGGGACGGAGUAGGAGUAGAAUGAAUCUGACCCUACAUGCUGAUCUUAGGUCAGUUUUGUGUUUUAAAUCGAUGGUCAGCAGUGGACUGGUGUUUAAAAUGUGGUGACAAACCUGAAGUGAUUUUAAUUUUAAUAACAAGUUCAGAAUUAGUUUAUCUUUCUAGAACCUUGGAAGAAAUCUAAAAGUAGUGACUGCAACCACCAUUAUUCAUUUAGUUUGGUUUUUACCACCAGAGAAACAUGGGGUUUGGGGUAACAUGGGGUUUGGGGUAACAUGGGGUUCUGGGUAAC